AUGUCGGUGCGGAAGGCCGCUAUUGCAUAUGGGAUUCCUAAAAGCACCCUGCAUGACAAAUUAAAGGAAAAAACUCCUUUAAUUCCCAUCCCAAGAACCAUUUUGUCCCCUGACGAAGAAAAUAUUUCGGCUGAAUGGGUCAUCAUCAAUAUGUCCAAAAUUGGGUAUGGUAGGACAAAGUAUGAACUUUUAGCUAAGGUUAAAAGUAUAUUAGACAAAGAUACAAGAAUAACCCCGUUUAAAAAUAAUAUGCCUGGCAAGGACUGGUAUUAUGGAUUUAUAAGACGCCAUCCAAAUAUAUCUGUCCGUACAACAAUGCAGCUUGGCAGGACGGAGAACGGGUGGAUGGACAGCGAACUCUUUUCUACUUGGCUUCGGGAUAUGUUCAUAUCAGAAGUGGUAGAGAGAGGUUUAACCUAA